GGCGCUCCGGGCGAGAGGAGUCCGCUCCAUGCGUGCGGGCCGAGGCCGGCCCCUGCGAGCCGCAGACAUGAAGAAAGACGUGCGGAUCCUUCUGGUGGGAGAACCUAGAGUUGGGAAGACAUCACUGAUUAUGUCUCUGGUCAGUGAAGAAUUCCCAGAAGAGGUUCCUCCCCGGGCAGAAGAAAUCACCAUUCCAGCUGAUGUCACCCCUGAGAGAGUUCCAACGCACAUUGUAGAUUACUCAGAAGCAGAACAGAGUGAUGAACAACUUCAUCAAGAAAUAUCACAGGCUAAUGUUAUCUGCAUAGUUUAUGCUGUUAACAACAAGCAUUCAAUUGAUAAGGUAACAAGUCGAUGGAUUCCUCUCAUAAAUGAAAGAACAGACAAAGACAGCAGGCUGCCUUUGAUAUUGGUUGGGAACAAAUCUGAUCUGGUGGAAUACAGUAGUAUGGAGACCAUCCUUCCUAUUAUGAACCAGUACACAGAAAUAGAAACCUGUGUAGAGUGUUCAGCAAAAAAUCUGAAGAACAUAUCGGAGCUCUUCUAUUAUGCACAGAAAGCUGUUCUUCAUCCUACAGGGCCCCUGUACUGCCCAGAGGAGAAAGAGAUGAAACCAGCCUGUGUAAAAGCCCUUACUCGUAUAUUUAAAAUAUCUGAUCAAGAUAAUGAUGGUACUCUCAAUGAUGCUGAACUCAACUUCUUUCAGAGAAUUUGUUUCAACACUCCGUUAGCUCCUCAAGCUCUAGAAGAUGUCAAAAAUGUAGUCAGAAAACAUAUAAGUGAUGGUGUGGCUGAUAGUGGAUUGACAUUGAAAGGUUUUCUUUUUUUACACACACUUUUUAUUCAGAGAGGGAGACAUGAAACUACUUGGACUGUGCUUCGACGAUUUGGUUAUGAUGACGAUCUGGAUUUGACACCUGAAUAUUUAUUUCCCUUGCUAAAAAUACCUCCUGAUUGCACUACUGAAUUAAAUCAUCACGCAUAUUUGUUUCUCCAGAGUACUUUUGACAAGCAUGAUUUGGAUAGAGACUGUGCUUUGUCACCUGAUGAGCUUAAAGACUUGUUUAAAGUUUUCCCUUACAUACCUUGGGGGCCAGAUGUGAAUAACACAGUUUGUACGAAUGAAAAAGGCUGGAUAACCUACCAGGGAUUCCUUUCCCAGUGGACGCUCACGACCUAUUUAGAUGUGCAGCGGUGCCUGGAGUAUUUGGGUUAUCUAGGCUAUUCAAUAUUGACUGAGCAAGAGUCUCAAGCUUCAGCCAUCACAGUAACAAGAGAUAAAAAGAUAGACCUUCAGAAAAAACAGACUCAAAGAAAUGUGUUCAGAUGUAAUGUGAUUGGGAUGAAAAACUGUGGGAAAAGUGGAGUUCUUCAGGCUCUUCUUGGAAGAAACUUAAUGAGGCAGAGGAAAAUUCGUGAUGACCAUAAAUCAUACUAUGCGAUUAACACUGUUUAUGUAUAUGGACAAGAGAAAUACUUGCUGUUGCAUGAUAUCUCAGAAUCGGAAUUUCUAACUGAGGCUGAGAUCCUUUGUGAUGUUGUGUGCCUGGUAUAUGAUGUCAGUAACCCUAAAUCCUUUGAAUACUGUGCCAGGAUUUUUAAGCAACACUUUAUGGACAGCAGAAUACCUUGCUUAAUCGUAGCUGCAAAGUCAGACCUGCAUGAAGUCAAACAAGAAUAUAGCAUUUCACCUACUGAUUUCUGCAGGAAACACAAAAUGCCUCCACCACAAGCCUUCACUUGCAAUACUGCUGAUGCACCCAGUAAAGAUAUCUUUGUUAAAUUGACAACAAUGGCCAUGUACCCGCACGUGACACAAGCUGACCUCAAGAGCUCCACAUUUUGGCUUCGAGCAAGUUUUGGUGCUACUGUUUUUGCAGUUUUGGGCUUUGCUAUGUACAAAGCAUUAUUGAAACAGCGAUGAUUUAAAAAAAAAAAAAAUACUGGCCCUACCAAAAACAAAUACUUUUAUGUACAUUCUGAAUGCUUUAAAUUCCGCUAGAAAUAUUGAGAUAUUUAUACAUGCAGAGUUACUUUGUUAAUAUUUGUAAUUCAUGCGUAAGAGUAUUUUAAUGAUAGUUAUAACUGCAGUAUUGGCUAGCAUAUGGAAGGAAACAGCUUAACAGCCAAACUAAAAUGACUAACUUUCAGAGGCCAAAAGGGAAUAUUUUGUAAAUAAUGUACAUAUUCAGGCAAGAUAUGGUCUCCCAGAUCGAGUUCAGGAAAUGAUGUUUCUAGACGUUUCUACAUGGUAUUAUUAGUGUUCAGUUGGCUCACUCUCCUAGGUUUAAGUCAGCUCAGAUACUUUAUUUACUCAUUGAUCACUUAUUUAUUUCACAUUUACUCAGAAUGAUCUUUGGGUACUUUAAGUAAACGAGGCACAAUUUGCCUUUUUCUCUCCGUUUUUAAAAACAUGACUUUCUUUCAGUCCCAUCCUUCAUGGUAGGCCAGUCUUGAAGCCAUCGUUCAGUCUAGAAAAUUGUAUAGCUGAGUAUGAUGCUCUCCUUUAAGGAAGGAGUAAGCUCAAGGCGAUUAGCAAAGGCAUCACCUGUGUGAUUAUUUUGUUUCCUUUGUCAGUAUGUUGGAUUUUAUAGCCCUUUCAAUCAAAUGAGAAAAACGAUUUGUAUAUUAUCAAUGUUUUUAGUUUAAAUAAAUAGUCACCAUUACUACUAUUGAGUUUCCUCCCAAAGUGUAAAUCAUUCUAUAAUGGCUGUGUCUAUUAUAGUAUAUUACAGUAGCUGCAUGUGUCAUGAAGUGUUCUAUAUCUGGCUAGGAUAACCUAGAAGCAGCACUUUUUUAAAUGGUAAAAUAAAUCUAAUGAAUAAAACUCUCAUUAUGAACCUAUUUUUUCCAUCAUUGACCUUUUCAAGUAUUUAAAUAAAUAAGCACUGUGUACUGU